AUGUACUCGUGGCACCAGCGCCUUAGCUCCUGGGCCCAGGGCACAGGGCUCAAGAUCGAUGCCCUCGGUCUCGUCACGCUCCUCGGUGCGGAGGAAAUGGAUCGCAGCAUUGGGCGACUCGUCCCAAGCCUGUAUCUUGACUAUCUACCGUUACUGGGGGCCUUCGUGGUGGCCGGCAACCGGUUCGUCGUGAAGAAGCCCGGGUCCGCUCUCUGCAACAUUUCGGUCGGCAUCAUGACAACAGAACUAGCAGGCUGGUUCUCGCGCUGGCUCCAGACGCAGUCAUUUAACCAGGUCCGCAGUAUUGUCACCUGGGAGGUCGGAGAGAGGCCGCGCAGAUGGACAUCAUUCAUCGUCGGCUUUCUGCUUAUCGGGUUGCCGGUGCACGGUGUGCUUAUUGCGCUGACUGUUCUGGCGAGGGAUUGGUGGGGAUUUGCCAAUGUCAUAUCCAUGAUAGCCUCGGUGGCAUUGAGAUGUUUCCAGGUGGCACAGAACCAGGCCGGGAUCGAUGCGAAUAUCCGAAGAGCCCAAGAAGAAGCUGAGAAAGAAAGCAAAAGAUACCCAGCCAAGCGGGCUGAAUAUGAGAAAUCAAUGGCAAUAUUCAAGGAUCUUUACCAACAGGGAAAAGAGAAAGAUGUUGAGCCACCCAUCGAACCUCAAGACCCGUACGCAAUCGCCAAGGUGAUUGUCGUGACAGAGGACUCGAAGGUCGUCACUCUCGUUGUCCCGGGGUACCUGCCAAAGCUAGCAUUUGCCAUCAACCCUCAGCCGCCAAACCCGUAUUGGUAUGAGGCAUGCCAAUGGGCCGGCUGGGUCUUCUUCGCAGUGCAUGUCGUCAGCAUCGGCAUGGCCGGCUUGUAUACACAGAUUGUCACAGUAGCGGUGAUCAUUGUCACCACAGUUCUCGUUGCCCACAGAGUUGGCUGCGAGGACUCACGCAUAUGGGAAGCCAUUCGCAAUCAAUGGAGCCACAGUGAUGAAACAGAACCGAGAAGCUGCUGGGUCAGUUCAACCCUAAAAGCCACCGUGUCUACCUAUCCUGAGAGGUACAUGGAUUGGCCAGAGCUAGAGGAAACUAAGCCAACCACUGUGCAAGUGGUCUUGGAGAAAGAUUUCAUACAACAAAGACUCAGUGCAACACCUUUGGGCAGCUUGGAAAGUAGUUCAGCACCCAAGAAACCAGAACGUCGCCAGGAUCUGCUUGCUUGGUUGGAUUUGACGACGGAGCAGGAUAAAUCUCUCAUUGCAGGACCUACCAAGAAGCCAAGGACUGAGCUCACCGAAGGGCAAUCUUACCUCAAUCUAGCCAAAGACAACAACUAUUUCCAAGACAGUUCUGAAAUUCCGACAAUUGACCCAUUACGAGUCAUCGCCGAGACCCACGCGACAGACUCAUAUCAGAAUGUUCUGUUCUCUAUAAUACGCUUCCGGGAAUAUACAGGUGUCUAUCCACGACGGGUCACCGUCGUGACACACGAGUUCAAGCGUGCACGAUUCAUGCAGUGUCACUUCCCCGCCUUGGGACUUGUACCCGUCAGCUAUGAAUCAGGACAGGGACCCGAUACGCAGAACGUCGCAGUUAUUGGAAUCAAUCCACCAGAGGAAGUGACUCCCUCCGAAACACUGAUUCGAGGAGAGGCAAUGAACGGGAUUGGGCUCUGGCGACAAGAUCUUUACGGUGUCAAUACUGGUCUCGUCGGCAAGCGAAUAAAACGGGGUUGGUCCCCUGGGAUGGAGAAUGUAUUGUUCUCCAACUUGGGCUUGGAGGAUGUGGUGUUGGAUUUGAUUCGAUAUGAUGGUGGUAAUCAUUGCAAUGAAUGGUUCUCGGGUAGAGAGAGCUUGCCAUGGUCUUAUGCAGGAACUCCUCUGGUUUGA